GAAAUUUGGGCUACCGAGGUAGUCUCUGCGAAAAGAGUUCGAUUCGUAUCGAGUUAGUAGCACGAUGGAGGGCACGAUGAGUAUAUCUACGAUUACGUGCUACAGGGUGCGUGAAUUUCAUUGCGCAUGACGGUCGAGGAUGACGUCCCUGACGAGGCAUUUUUAAAGAUGGCGACUCCCAUGCCGGACGCAGAUGUGAUGAAAAGUGAAUCUUCUACGAAAAGAUUACAAUUUGGAAACCGAACCCUGGAGGAAGGAGACAACGUGUUUCGACACAAUGCUUGGGAUAACGUAACCUGGGACGAAGACCAGGAAGCACAUGCUUUUCGUGCCGUUGCUGAUAAUUCUUCCAUUAAAGCAUCUUCUGACCUUGUACAGAAAUAUGAGGUCGAAGCACACACGAAUUGGGAUAAGUUUUAUGGAAUUCAUCAAAAUAGAUUUUUUAAAGACAGACAUUGGCUAUUUACCGAGUUCCCUGAAUUAGCUCCAAGAACGGCUGAAUCUAAUCUAGAGAAUCCAGUACGAGUCGUACAAAUUAGCGAUGGUACAUCGGAAUUCGUUAAAUCCGUUGAUGUACCGUCAACUGGAACAACAAAUAUCUUUGAAAUUGGGUGUGGCGUAGGAAAUACAGUAUUUCCUGUUCUCAUGUACAACAAAGAUCCUAAUUUGUUUGUAUAUUGCUGUGAUUUCUCAAAGAUAGCUAUCGACAUAUUAAAGCAAAAUCCUGAUUACGACACAUCCAGGUGUAAAGCAUUUGUUUUCGAUGCGACGCAAGAUGAUUGGGCACCACCUUUUGAGCCCGGAAGUCUGGAUAUAGUAGUACUUAUAUUUGUGUUGUCCAGUAUUAUGCCUGAUAAAAUGGAACAUGUAAUUAAACAGAUUCAUUACUAUCUAAAGCCGAAUGGAUUGGUGUUGUUCCGAGAUUAUGGAAGGUACGAUAUGUCACAGCUGAGGUUCAAGAAGGGUCGGUGUUUAGGAGACAAUUUUUAUGCCAGAGGAGAUGGAACCAGAGUGUAUUUCUUUACCCAAGAAGAAAUUAAAAAUCUUUUUGGUAAUUGUGGUUUUUCGGAAGAACAAUGCAUCGUCGAUAAGAGAUUGCAAGUUAAUCGAGGAAAACAAGUGACAAUGUAUCGAGUAUGGAUACAAGCCAAGUUCCGUAAGUUACCUUAACGCGAAUAAAUUGUAUAAAAAAUUGUGAAUUUUUAUGGACAACGUGCAGUUAAUAUGUAUAAAUAUACAUGCUGUAUAGAAGUAAUUUGAGGAAUAAAUAAAUUAUUUUUUAUAAACAUUUAA